AAAGGGAGCGCGCACGCGCGGAGAAAGAGCGCGCGCGCGCGAGAGAAGAGUCGCCUCAGCCCUUGUGAGGGGAGCGCGCCUGCCGGCCGCCUGAGGCGAUAAAGAGAGAGAGAGAAAGGAGAGAUGCCCGCCGUUCAGAAGACCGUGUCGGAGCUGCGGUCCAGGGCGGAGGGUUAUGAGAAGACAGAUGAUGUUUCAGAGAAAACCUCAUUAGCUGAUCAAGAGGAAGUGAGAACUAUAUUCAUCAAUCAACCACAAUUCUCUAAGUUCUGUAGCAAUCAUGUCAGCACUGCAAAAUACAACAUUAUCACAUUCCUGCCUAGGUUCCUCUAUUCUCAGUUCAGGAGAGCUGCUAAUGCCUUUUUUCUUUUCAUUGCAUUGCUUCAGCAAAUUCCAGAUGUGUCUCCAACAGGACGGUAUACAACUUUGGUUCCUCUCUUAUUUAUUUUAGUUGUAGCAGCAGUCAAAGAAAUAAUAGAAGAUAUUAAAAGACAGAAAGCUGAUAAUGCUGUGAAUAAAAAGGAAGUACAAGUAUUGAGAAAUGGAGCCUGGGAGAUUGUACACUGGGAAAAGGUAGAUGUUGGAGAUAUAGUUUUAAUAAAAGGCAAAGAAUAUAUACCUGCUGACAUUGUACUUCUCUCAUCAAGUGAACCGCAAGCUAUGUGCUACAUUGAAACAUCAAAUUUAGAUGGCGAAACUAAUUUAAAAAUACGACAGGGCUUACCACUGACAGCUGAUAUAAAGGACAUUGACAACUUGGUGAGACUUUCAGGCAAAAUUGAAUGUGAGAGUCCUAAUAGACAUCUCUAUGACUUUGUUGGAAAUAUUAGACUAGACAGCCACGGGACUGUUCCACUGGGGCCUGACCAGAUUCUUCUGCGUGGUGCUCAACUCAGAAAUACACAGUGGGUUCAUGGAAUUGUUGUUUAUACAGGACAUGAUACAAAACUUAUGCAGAACUCAACAAGCCCACCUCUUAAACUGUCUAACGUGGAAAGGAUUACAAAUAUACAAAUUCUGUUUUUGUUCUGCAUUCUUAUUGCCAUGUCUCUGGUUUGUUCCAUUGGUGCAGCUAUAUGGAAUCAAAAGCACGAAGGCAAAGACUGGUACAUCAACCUAACCUAUGGUGGAGCUAAUAAUUUUGGACUCAAUUUCCUGACAUUUAUCAUCCUCUUCAAUAAUCUAAUUCCAAUCAGCCUGUUAGUUACACUGGAAGUUGUUAAAUUUAUUCAAGCAUAUUUUAUAAAUUGGGAUAUUGACAUGCAUUAUGAACUUACAGACACUGCUGCCAUGGCACGUACGUCCAAUCUUAACGAAGAACUUGGCCAGGUCAAAUACAUCUUUUCAGACAAAACAGGUACCUUGACGUGCAACGUUAUGCAUUUUAAGAAGUGUACUAUAGCAGGAAUAUCUUAUGGCCAUUCUCCUGAAUCGGAUGAUUUUGGCUGUACCUCCGACGAGUGCCAGAGUCCACAAGCAAGGGAAGAAAAAACAUUUAGCGACUCAUCAUUACUGGAAAAUUUGCAAAACAAACAUCCAACGGCACCUAUAAUUUGUGAGUUUUUGACAAUGAUGGCAAUUUGUCACACAGCUGUCCCAGAAAGAGAGGAUGACAGAAUAGUUUAUCAAGCGGCAUCUCCAGAUGAAGGAGCGUUAGUCAGAGCAGCUAAGCAACUCCAUUUUGUUUUUACUGGAAGAACGCCAGACUCUGUCAUUAUAGAAUCUCUGGGUCAAGAAGAAAGAUACGAAUUGCUAAACGUGUUAGAAUUUACAAGUUCUAGAAAAAGAAUGUCUGUAAUUGUGCGCACGCCAUCCGGUAAAUUAAGACUCUACUGCAAAGGAGCUGACACGGUAAUUUAUGAUCGUCUGGCUGAAAAUUCAAGAUACAAAGAAAUUACCUUGAAACAUUUAGAGCUGUUUGCUACAGAAGGUUUGAGGACCCUCUGUUUUGCUGUGGCUGAGAUUACAGAAAGUGAUUAUCAUGAGUGGCUGAACAUGUAUCAAAAAGCUACAACAUCUAUUCAAAACAGAGCCCUAAAACUUGAAGAGAGUUAUGAACUAAUUGAAAAAAAUCUCCAAUUACUUGGAGCUACAGCCAUAGAAGAUAAGCUACAAGACGAAGUGCCUGAAACCAUCGAAACACUCAUGAAAGCAGAUAUCAAAAUUUGGAUUCUUACUGGAGACAAGCAAGAGACAGCUAUUAACAUUGGACAUUCCUGUAAACUCUUGAAAAAGAACAUGGGGCUGAUUGUUAUAAAUGAAGGCUCCCUUGAUGCAACAAGAGAGACCUUAACCCAUCACUGCAGCACCCUGGGUGAGGCAUUGAGGAAGGAAAAUGAUUUUGCACUAAUCAUUGACGGCAAAACAUUAAAAUACGCUUUGACGUUUGGUGUCAGGCAGUAUUUCUUGGAUUUGGCUCUGUCCUGCAAAGCUGUCAUUUGUUGCAGAGUUUCGCCUCUGCAGAAAUCUGAUAUUGUAGAAAUGGUUAAAAAACAGGUAAAGGUAGUGACCUUGGCCAUUGGGGAUGGAGCGAAUGACGUCAGCAUGAUACAAACCGCACACGUAGGCGUAGGCAUUAGUGGAAACGAAGGCCUCCAAGCCGCUAAUUCUUCAGAUUAUUCAAUAGCUCAGUUCAAGUACUUGAAGAACUUACUUCUGGUCCAUGGUGCCUGGAAUUACAGUAGAGUUGCUAAAUGCAUUUUGUAUUGCUUCUACAAGAAUAUUGUCCUUUAUAUUAUUGAGAUAUGGUUUGCAUUUGUUAAUGGAUUUUCUGGACAGAUACUGUUUGAAAGAUGGUGCAUAGGACUUUAUAAUGUGAUGUUUACGGCUAUGCCUCCAUUGACGCUUGGAAUAUUUGAGAGAUCCUGCCACAAAGUAAAUAUGCUAAAAUACCCUGAAUUAUACAAGACAUCCCAAAACGCUCUGGAUUUCAAUUCAAAGGUUUUCUGGAUCCAUUGUUUAAAUGGCCUCUUUCAUUCAGUAAUUCUGUUUUGGUUUCCGCUAAAAGCUAUCCAGUAUGAUACUGUGUUUGCCAGUGGUAGAACUUCAGACUACUUGCUCUUGGGAAAUGCCGUAUAUACAUUUGUGGUCAUAACUGUGUGCUUAAAAGCUGGAUUGGAGACUUCAUAUUGGACUUUGUUUAGUCAUAUAGCUAUAUGGGGCAGCAUUGUCCUCUGGAUAGUAUUUUUUGGCAUCUACUCUUCUUUAUGGCCAGUAAUUCCUAUGGCACCAGACAUGUCAGGGGAGGCCGUGAUGUUGUUCAGCUCCGGAAUCUUCUGGAUGGGCUUAUUUAUUAUUCCAGUGACAGCACUGAUAUUUGAUGUAGUAUAUAAAGUAGUGAAGAGGGCAGCAUUUAAGACCUUAGUAGAUGAAGUUCAGGAGUUGGAAGCAAAAUCACAAGAUCCGGGAGCUGUUCUGCACGGAAAAAGCUUAACUGAAAGAGCUCAGCUAUUGAAAAACGUCUUUAAGAAAAACCACGUCAACUUGUACCGCUCCGAAUCUGUGCAACAAAAUUUGCUUCAUGGAUACGCUUUCUCGCAAGAUGAAAAUGGAAUCGUUUCGCAGUCGGAAGUAAUAAGAGCCUAUGACACGACGAAACAGAGACCCGACGAAUGGUGAAGAAGGAUGAAGGACCGAAGUCACGAGAGUUCCAGUGUUUGCCAUAUCCAGCCAAAUUAAUGCAUAUUUCCUGCAUCUGCAAACAUGGUUGAGUAACAAGAUUAGGGGCAGUUGUAGGUUGUUCACUCUUAUUUCUUGAAGUUCGCGCGUAUUGAGUAGAUAUAAGCACUGUGCAACUACACUCUUAACACACCAUCCGUCAAAAUUUUCAAAAGGGACUUAUGUUUUGUAAAACAGAUGCUGAGAAUUAACCUGCAGCCUUUUCAAACAGCUAAUUUACAGUAAAGAUGAGCACUGCUCCUGUGUGUAGACAGAUAAAAGGUAAAUAUUCAAUAUUGUCCACAACCGGGUUGCUCAGCAUAUGCUAUACAUUGAGAAGCAGAGCCUUUGCCAAGGUGUAUACACGGUGAAAUUAAAUAUAAUGAGCCUUUGAUUUCCACAAGUGCUAAAGAACCAUUUUAAUUACCUUAAUUCAUGUGACGAAGAAAGACCGCAAAGCAAGAUACUAAGAAGGAAUUGGGUUAAGUGAGCUUGUUUGCCAAAGAAAUUCCAUGUCUUCUCCUAGUCCUCAUUUGUAAAACCUAAGCGGUAGCGAUAGGUGUCCAACGACAGAAUUGCAUGUUUGAUACUCUGUACUUGAAAAGUUUUACAAUAAUAUGAAAACUGAUAGGAUUUGGUUUUGAUGCGUUUAAUUUCCGAUCUGUGGUUCCUUUCACCUUUGGCCUUACAGAAGCCUUUCUUUUUUGCGUCCAUGCUCUUUUUCACAGAAUGUGCACAUGCAACACAGCAUUCAUUUUCCUCUUGUCAGGAGUCUGUGUCUUUGAGACUUGUUACCUGCUUAAGAGUCCCGGUGUGGUGACAUUUGUGUGCGAGGCUCAGGUAUUCUUCCCCGUGCGUAUCAUCAAGAACUUUCGUUUUUUUUUAAAAAAAAAAGCAAUGGUUGCUUGUUGGGAUUGGCAAAGAGACAAAGAUGGUGCCUUAACUAAGUUUCCUGUUUCCCAAACAGGCAUGAACCCUGUCAGACAAGAAAGAGCCAACUGUAUUAGCGACUGUUCAGGUGUAAUUCAAGGCCACAGUGCAUUGCAUCCAUCCCUUACGGUUACAGAUAUAUAGGCCCUAUAAAGAAAAGCCAAUCCAGAAUUUUGUAAUAUUUACAGAAGUCAGAAACUGAUUGUCCUUAGUGGAUUGGGGUGGAAGUGUGCUUGAAUAUAGAGAUUUUAUUUAUAGAGCAUUUUAUAUAUAAAUUAGUUUACUAUAAAAUAAUUUACCUUGUUAGUCACGAUAAUCUGAAAAAAAAGGAAUCGACAUUAUCAGUUUACUACUAUUACUAUACUAUACAUUCAGUUUGCACUAUCAGACAGUUUAUUUGGGGAAUUUAAUAGAUUCUGUUUGUACAUUCCCAAGUUUGAUUUAAAUUAAAGUAUGCAAAAGUUUGAGGAUUUAAAAUAACAAGGUUUGUGUAUGUUUUAAAUAAAAAGAUUUUCUAGCUAGUAAUGUAAAACUUCCCUUCUCAUUAACUGAAAUGUUUUGAGUAAAUGUUUUUAAAUCUUGUCAUUUUGUAAAAUCAGAAUGAGAAAGCCUAUUAAAUUGCAGUCAUUUUUCCACUAUGCGUGUUAAUAGCCAUUUCAGUUUAUCUAUAAUACAUUUGAUAUAGGCAGUUCCAUGUCUAAUUUCUGUGACAUGUGCAGUUAAUUUAACUAUAGACAAGCAGAAAAGUUAUGAUAAAUUCAGUAUUUCUGGGUCAUGUUUCUAUUCUUAAGUCCAUUUUUAAAAACUACUUGUAAUAGAAACACUAUUAAAUAUUGCAUAUACAUGAAAUAUAUAUAUAUGUCUGUGUAUAUAUAUAUGAUUUAAGUAUAGUCUUUUAUACUUAUUCAUAAUUGUGCUCAUAGUAUAAAGUUCUCUUUCUUUGGCUAAGCAGAAAAUAAACCAAUAAUCAUUAAAACUAAAAGGGACUUACAGCCUGAAAUUGCCUUCAGGAAAGUUAUUUCUGCCAUGGAUAAUUAAUACAUCAAUAAGAGCCAAAUAAAUUGACCUGCAGUGCACACAUACACCCACAGAUUCACAUCAUCAAACAUACACAAAAUUAAGAGCAUCUUUAAAAAAAAAAACCUGAAUUAUUGCUUUACACUAAUUAAUUGUGCCUCGUCUUCCACAAAAUAUUCCUGAAGCAAAUUAUUAAAAAAAAAUAAAAAUCCAUAGCAUGCUUAUGAUAGUUUUUAGCGGUGUAUAUUUCUUUUAGGCUCAAAAAAUAAAAUAAAAUCACAUAAUAAUCGAGCAAAGACUUAACUUCCCAUUGGUUGCUUACCGUCUAAUGCAGAGGUGUCCAACCUUGGCAACGCGGACUUUAACUCCCAGAAUAUCCCAGCCAGCCAUGAGGAAUUCUGGGAGUUGGGAAGUCUACAAGUCUUCAAAGUUGCCAAAGUUUGAACACCCCUGAUUCUCAUGCAAGCUCUUAUGGACUCUGACAGAGGGAUAAUAUUUAGUUCAGUCCGCAGUAUCAAGAUAUACAUAAUAUGACAUAUCAAUUGGGUCAACACCACUCCUUUCCCAACAGUAUGAAAGGACUGUCUUGCAUGCAGUUGAUCUAGAAUAAUGAUCUGCAUUAUUUGUUUCUACAUGUCCUUGGUGAAUCCUGACGAAGGCAUCAAUCUCGCAUAUUAGCUAGAAUUCAGGAAACGAAAUCUUCCCAAUUGCCUAGCCUUACAAAAACGGUAGACCACGUCCACUGCCAGUGAUCAUAUAUAUAUAUCAUAUUAUUUUAAACAUGCCACCCUCUUCCAGGAUCCCAGGCUUCGAUUUUUUUCUCCGUGUUCUCCCAUUUCCUAACCCUCUUAAGGAAAACUUUUUCACACGUGCGAUGCAAUAUUUGCUUAACAGAAACUUAACGUUUUUGAGAGUGCGCUUUAUAAAGUGAAUGAGAGGAUUAUUCGUCUGUCUUGUGCUGUCUUUAAGGGUAGAGAAAUGUUUGGAUUUCAAGACAAAAUGACAUUUUCAGGUUUCUGAGAAGCUAAAACCCAAGUAGACUAGAACUGUUAGAACAAGUCAGGAUGUACAAAGCAUAUCUAAUUUGCAAGCCUGUACUUUUCAUUUGAAAGAAAAGCUUUCAAAGUGAUUCAUUACACUGUAAUGUAGAAAUAUAUAUUAUAAAUAUAAUGUAUAUUUAGGGAUGUUGGUUGAUGUGCAUAUUUUAUUCAGCUAGGUUGGUUGUUGUUUUCUUAAUUUUCCAUUUUUUGCAUUUCGUUCAAAGUGAUAAAAAUUACAUUUUUCUUUGUUACCUAAAUUAAGGAAAUUGUACAUUAUGUGUAUAUUAUGUAUUGUGGAAUAUUUAUGUUAAGGUUAAAAAAAAUUCAUCAUUGAAAGUAUCUGGUACCAUUCAGAAAUCAAAAGAAUGUCUAUAACUGUGUUAUUAUUUUUGAUUAAAUGAUUGUAACAAUGUGGUACUAUUUAACCAGAAAAAUCAACCAAUUGGAUAUACUUUGUGAAGCCAUAAGUAGUCCUGUUUUCUUAGGUUAGACUUACAAAAAUAAAUUUUAAUAAAAUAUAAUAGUUGUAUAACAAUAGAGGAAAUGUUUUAAAAAAAACAUAAUACAAUCUCAAAUGGGAAGACAUCUUUUUUUAAAAUCAAUUAAUGUUUAAUUGCUUACUUGCUUGACAAUUGGACCAUAUGAUCUAUUUUUUUCCCCUACUGACUUCUAUAUUGUGGGAAAGCAAUUGUUACAAUUAAAUUUUAGUAAUCUGUCUGCAUGUCACAGUGUGAAUCUGAACUGAUGCAUGCUUGUGCUGUAAAACUCAUUAUUUCUUUGUUAGAUGAAAGAGGCAUCAAAAUUUAUAUGUUUGGUAAGGAAAAGUGAAGUGUUGGUAAACAGCUAGAUUGCCGACUUCAUUUUGUUAGCAUGGAAUGUCAACUCAAAAGCAACUACACAGUGAAAGUAUUCUCAAAUAGACCCAUGAAACUGAUUGAAUUAGUCGAUGAAUUACGGUGAAAAUAGACAGUGAUGUAUCUACUUGCUUUUUCAGUUGUUUCAACAAAGACUUGCAGCCAUUUAAAAGUUUGUAAUUGCAAAAAAAAAAACGUGGCCCAGAUGUGUAAAAGCUAAAAAAAUUAAUAAUAAUCAUGUUUCAGUGUUGUUGUUUUACCUGUUCUACAAUUUAAAGCCAUAAUGCAUUAACUUCGUUCUUUGCUGCGAUUUUCAUGAAGUGUUGAUUUAAAAAAAAUUAAAAAUAGGGAUUAUAUAUAAUAUUUAGGACUGCAUUCGAGGUAAGCUAGGAUUUUUCCACUCUCUUAAAUCAUUACUGCUGAAACUCCUGUGGAAAUUGUGAUGCUGCAUGAAUGGAGAGAAUUUUUUUGACUCCCGUGUUUAUGGUAGUUUUCUCAGGUUUCGUUUUAAAUGGAUGUUAAAUGCACUGUUUUAUAAUGUUAUUAAAUUUUAAUAAUAUAUUCACUUCUAUGCAGUGUUACAUGUCAUUGGCAUUUGGUGAAUGUGCAUGUUCUGAACUGCAAAUUUUAAUUGUUUUGUCUUCUAAUUGUUAAAAAAAAUAAAUAAACCUUGCCAUUAAGUCUA